AAGCUCCCUCCUUUUUGGAGAGGGAGAGAGUCAAUGUCGUCGUCUUCAUCCGUCUCUGGGUCCUCCCUUCAUAGAAGAACCGGUCAAUCUGCAAAUGACCCAGUAAUAUCUUCUGGGUCGCUCCGAUCAUCCGAAGACCAGGCUCCGAAACCACGACCCAUUGCUCAGUUCCUGGCAUUUGGAUUCAUCAUCUUCCUUUGCUUCCUACAGUUCCUCCCGGCUACCCAUUUUCGAGACCCAUCGGACCCUUUCAGAAAAUGGGUCCCUUUUAAUUCCAAUCUUUCCUCAUCUUCUACUGAAUCUAUGGCUUCAAGUAAUGAAAAUCCCAGUUACAUCAUUACAAACAGUGGAGAGGAUGGAAUGGUUCACAUUGUCUCAUAUAUGGACUGCCUGGAUCUUCGACUGCUUGUAGCUCUUGCUAACUCCACUUUAUCAAGCUCAAGAGAUCCAGAACGAAUUUCCUUCCAUUUCUUUAUCCCUAAAGGGUGUGAUGACAAAGUAUCAUAUUAUAAGCUGAAAGUGCUAUUUCCACAUUCAAACCUUGAAAUUCGUGGGCAGGAGGAAGUUAAAGAAGAAAUUAUGAAAGCUUAUCCUUUGGGAAAAUAUGAGGAGCCCCCUUUUGAUGAAAUUGCACCUUUUGUCAUCCCUAUUGUCCACCCUUCAUUGAGAAAGUUCAUAUAUGUCUCUCCAAAUUUAAUUAUGAAGGGAAGAGUUGAAGAACUGCUUGGAAUUGACUUGAGCAAUUAUGAUAUUGCAGCUGCUGAAGACUGCUCUAAAAGACUAUCUGCCUAUGUUAAUUUUGAUGUCUUAGAUGCCAUUCAUAGAUCAGCUGCAAAGCCUUGGGUAUCUGGGACACCUUACGCUAAAAAUGCUUGUUUGCCAGACUUAAGUCUGAUUCUGAUUGAUGCGACUAAACUGGACAAGGAUCUUGUGCAAGCCAUCCUUUGGUGGACUAAAGUUCUUAAUACUAGGGAAAGGAGCAGUCCAAAUCCGGCAGUUGCACUUGCACUUUACAAACGAUAUCUCAAACUUCCUAGCUCCUGGAUGGUUGGCAAUUUAGCAACAUCAGAGAUCAGUAAUGGAAGACUGGUUCUUCGGUAUGGUGGGAAUGGACGCGUUUGCUCUGAAUUCAGCAGCAGAACUAUUGAAAAAUCAGAUCUGGGGGAUUUGUGGAAGCAAUAUUUACCACCGAUGUCAGAUCAAAUACUGGGCCACUAGAGUUUCCAUUGCUUGCUGUGUGGAAUUUGCCUAACAGAUGAUGCUUAUGCUGCUCUCUGUAUAUUUUGUCCAGUCUAGGAUGUUACAGUUCAGUUUUCAUCUGUAUAAACCUUGUUUUCUGAUUGUGGUGUUCAUUGAUCAGACUGUUCUUGUUCCAAAUGUUAAGAUCACAGCUGUUUUUAUUCUCAUUAGUGUGUUUACAUUAAGCAAAUGUUAGCAAACCGAGGUUGAUUUAUUAGAGUUUUGGAUGUAUCCUUGUAAACAUAUUUUUUGAAAUUAGAAACAGCUGACACGAUGAUAUUUGCAAUGAAUCUUGAAGUGGACUAUUACAGUUCGGAUUCUUGUUA